AUGGACACGGCGUACCUGUCUGGGUCUACGUCGAGUAUGGCGGGAGGAGGAUCAACUGUCCCCAGGCGCAGCGAUGGCAACGUGUCGCUUGGAUUGUUCAGCAAAAUCGCUGCAGCCCGCAAGGAAAACCUCUCGAGUUUCAGUAAGGCUAUCAGCGGGGACUUGGGGCCACCAGGACGGAGUUUUGAAAAGAAAUCGAUGACAGGGACAAGUAAUUUUCCAGAACUCAACGAUGCUAGUGCACGCAGUCCAGCUCUACGGACGUCGGGAAUGGGCGAACGCAAAGCAAGUUCGCGCUACUCUCAAAAUGUAUGGACAAAGCAAAAUAUACCGGACGAGCCAUCACGAGCAGUAGGCUUCCAAGCUCCUGUCAACAGCUCAAUUUUCAGUGCACCAGGGGCAAAUCGAGCGGUUUCUGCUCAAGCACCGUACUCCAUACCUGUAGGAAUAGUGUCACCAACAAGUCGGAGGCGGCAUGUCUUGCCUCCACAUCAGCAGCUUUAUCAUCAACGUCGAUCCACAGCUAACUCGCCUACAGAACUGCUAAGAAAUGAUCGAGAGGUGCUUAUCAAGGAGGCGCCAACAAGACCUGCCACUGCUAGUGAAAUCCUAGACACUCGGUAUCCAGGAUAUCAGGGCAACGUACGUGGCUACGUCAGGAGGUCACCAGAAGUGCUAUCGACCUCAGUAGAUUCAUCGAGUACUACGCAUGGUUGGCAUCGCCACGGAGAACUGUCGCAUUCGUUUCAAGCUGGGACGGCAGAACUCCAUACUAGCAAUGAUCGUUAUAGGACCCGGACAGAUUCAAUGGUAGCUAAUGACAUGAAGUAUUCUGGAGCUGGAGAGCAACGAGUAAGUACUCCUAACCAAGAGGUGCACUUUGCAGUGACUGCCGAGAUCCCAGGAGUGCCGAUCGUCUAUCGGAAUCAAAAGACAAAAGCAACGAACCCCGAGCGCUUAAAUCUCGACCGUCGUAACCUGCCAGUGAUUCCUCUUCUCGAAGGCGAGCAAACAUUACGCCUUCUCAACCUUCAAAACAAUGUCAUCCGGAGGAUAGAAAACCUAUUGGGAUUACCAAAUCUUAUAUUUCUUGACCUAUACAAUAACCGCAUCGAGAAACUCGAGAAUUUACACUUAGUGCCGAACCUACGAGUGCUCAUGAUGGGAAAAAAUCGCCUUCGGACCAUUGAGAAUCUAGAGUGCUUGCAGAAGCUGGACGUACUGGAUUUACACAGCAACGAAAUUGAGCAGAUGCAGAAUCUGAAUGAACUCAAAGAGCUGCGAGUUCUAAACCUGGGUGGGAACAUGAUUUCCACAGUAGAAAACAUCGACAAAUUGAUGCUCCUCACCGAGCUAAAUCUUCGACGGAAUCGAAUCAAUCGCAUUGGAACAAUUGGCAACCUGCCUUCGCUAUUAAGACUUUUCCUAUCAAACAACAAGAUCGAGACACUCGAAGCGAUAGAACCGCUUUUCCAGGUUUCGUCCAUCAGCGAGUUGCGUCUGGACUCGAAUGGAGUCUGCGCGCCCAACCAGAUGGAGUAUCGUGUGCGCAUGAUACGUAGCUUUCCGUCAUUGAAGCAUUUGGAUUUAAAGCCUUUAAGUGAUGCCGAUAAAAAAGAAGCUCUGCUACAUGCCAAUUCCCCAAGCAAAUGCGUUGAUACAGCAGAAGCAGCUGCAAGAACGCAAGCGAUUUCAUACGUCAAGGCGUAUUGGGAGCGACGUACUGAACUCGUGCAUUCUCCGUUGGGUAGCAAAGACUCACGAGAUCUGUCGUAUCUCUCUUCUUGGGGAAUCCCUACGAAAGAUAAACUGGUUUCCCAUACCGGGUAUGAAGAGCGAGAGACCACGCCCAUAACUCGCGAGGAAUUGACGGUUUACAGCGACAGUACGGGCUUUUCUGAGAUUGAGGUGUACAGUGACUAUCGCGUUCUUGCCAUUUAUGGAGAGGCAUUUGAUGCACUCGAGCAGACGAAAGCUCACUCAUUAUUGACCACGAUUUCGUUUCGAUAUGUGGGUAUUAGCAAGAUCGUGAAUGCUGUCAGUAGCGCUACAAACGCCAAUUUGAAGCUUUUCACACGUUUGAGAAGAAUUAUCUUCGCAAAUAACGAUCUCCAGUCAUUUGAUGAGCUGCUGUGGCUGAAUACUGUGGGCUCGAAAGCUGAAGAGAUAUUUAUUUCCCAGAAUCCUGUCUGUGCCAAGACUCUUCUCAAGCGAUUCGUCGGUGCUCGAAUCAGUAACGUCUUGCGGUUCAACGGUGAAGAGAUCAACUCAGUAGACCGACAGAUUGGCAAGCAACUUUUUCCAAAGCCCAGCGUUUCUCGUUUGCGAUCAGGAGAAGCUCCAGAGCUCAACAUUUUGUUACCUUCAAAGGCACGUGUAAAAGAGGUCAAGGACACGAAGCCGUCGCGUUCAUCGCCAGCUCUGCACAAUGCUGCCACAUCCUCUGUAGUCAGUGAGAUAUUCAACGCAGCAUCCGACAUCGAGAAGAAGACCGCGGUACGUCAUCUUCUCGUCUUCCGUCAUUACCACAUUACUUAGCGUUCUACCAAUGCAGGCCCUUGAUCAAGCGUGGAAGGACAUGCUCUUGUCCAUCGUCAAGGAAACCCUACAAGACAUCGAGCGUCGCGACAGCUUCAUGUCUGGUUGUCUCGAAAAUCUGUAGCUCAGUUCCAGCAUCAGUUUUGAAGCUAAUAAAAAAAUGGAAACAGUUCUUGAAACCGGUC